UGUGAUCGAGCUGUCAUCGGCGAUGACGAUCGUCGCUGCGAAUUUUGCAGCAAACUAUUCAUACAGAGGAAGAACAUGCUGCAACACAUCAGGAACGUUCACAAAAUGGCCGUGGAUGUCAAGAAAUUGAUGAAAUGCGACGUAUAUGUGGCACUUCCCUGCCUACAAUGGAGAAGUAUUCGGUGCACCAGAUCGCUGCGCACAACUUCGAGGCUGAUUACGUGCACCUGGUGUUCCGGAACAAUAAGGAAUUUCAUGAAUGGAAAGCAGAAGAAGAGGGUAGCCAAAACUGCUGGUUCAUUUUGCCCAGGGACCCCAAAAAGCUGGCCAGUGGAGAAACAAGGAUCCACUAUUACUGUAAUAGAUCAGGCGAGGCAAGGAAAAAGGAAGGUCAUAGUGACCGUCGGGAGAAAAGUCAGGGGAGCUGUAGGUCUGUGUGCAAGCACAUUCACUGUGUGGUCAUCGCUAAUCCAACUAGCAGCAACAAGGCCCAUGAGAGCUCACCCGAAGAAGCAUGUGAGAUCUUGUGCUAUGAGAUGAGGAGGUGUAAAAUAAAAACACCGUGUAGAUUUCACAAUGCCUUUAAGAAACCACGCGAAGCUUGGAGAUGAAGCAUUACAUGCACCUUGAACCAAGUGUCUGGACACAGCGAGUGAAAGUUGUUUUGUCAUGAGCGAGGGUGUCGGUGUUACUUGUAACUACCUUUAAAUAAAGGUUUGUUUCAAAACAGUG